AUGAAAGCACAACACCUUAUUUUAGUGUCCCUUUUGAUAAUGUUUGCAUCUACAUAACUCAUUGUAAAUAUUUUAAUCUAUAUAUCUAGCCAAUUAAAACUGAAGAAGAAGAGAUUAAAAUUGAUUUAAAUUUAGAAGAGAAAUUGGAAAUUUAAGGAAAUGAUAUUAAGCAAAAUAAAUUAUAUGAUAAAUUAUAUGAAAUUGAUAAAGAAGCAUAUGAUUAAAUCAAAAAUACAUUUAAGAAUGUAGUACAUCUUAUAUUUGAAAAGUAUUAUAUUUUUAUUCUAUUCUAUAGAAAUGAAGAAGAAACAUAAGUUAAAUUACUAAAUUCAAUUAUUUAAAAUGUUAAUUUUACUAAAAUAGAUGUAAUAUUUGUUAAAAGUCCUAUUGGAUUAAUUGAAUCAGAAAAAGGUAUUGUGAUCAAAAAUUUUGAUAAAAUGAUUUGGAUUAGAAAUUUCGAUAAUCUUUAAUCAUAGAUAUUUGGUAUUCAUUUUAAAUAUAUUCUAGAUAUAAUAAGUCCUAAAUUAGAAUUCUUAUAAACAGAAGAUGAUGUAGAUGAAUAUUUUAACUAAAAUAAACUUAAUUCAUUAGUUCUAUUACCUGAUAAUUAUACAUUUAGAACUUAAAUUAUUGAAGAUCUAGAAACAUUAAUUAGAAAUGGUGAUCUAAAAGAAGCCAGAAUAAAUGGAUUGAAAGCUUUUAAUUCUAAUUAUAAGAAUUUUACUGCUCCUACACUUAUAUUACAUAAAGGAAAUAAUAAAUUUGAAUAAUAUGAAUAUAAUUUGACUUACACAGAUUAGAUAUUAGAUUUCUUUUAUUUAGAAAGUCUUGAUUUAAUUAAUAGAUUAGAUGAAGACAAUUAUGCAAGAGUCUUUGGAGGAUCAAUUCAAACUCAAGUACAUCUAUUGAUUAAUGGAAUUUUAAAUCAAGAUUUAUUUAAUGCUUAUUAUUAAGUUGCUUAAAAUAAUAAAAAUAAUGAUUUAAAAUAUCAUCGCUUAAUAUUUACAUAUUCAACAUUUGAUGAAAAUCCUACUUUAUGGUCAUAAUUUGAUUUUGAUUAAUCAACAAAUACUCCAAAACUUGUUAUUACAGAAACCAACUUUAGAAAAUAUUAAUUAUAAAAAUAUAUUUGUCAAUCUGAAACUCUUAAUUAAGAGAACAUAUAAUAAUUUAUAGAUGAUUUUAGAAAUAAAAAUCUAAAUGAAUUUUAUAAAUCUGAACCUAUUCCUCAAUAAACAGAAAAUUAAGAUAUUUAUAAAAUUGUAGGAUAGACUUUUUCAUAAGAAGUUCUCAAUAAAGGAAAAAAUGUUUUAUUAUUGUUUUGGGAUUCAAAAAAUAAAGAUUUAUUUGAUGAUUAUUUCAAACUUCUUGAUUAAUUUUCAUUAAUUUAAAAUAAAGAAAAAAUUAAAAUUGGCCAUAUCGAUCUUGCAAAUAAUGAACAUCCUAAAAUUACUGUAGAUUCAGUUCCAAAAUUGAUGUUAUACUUAGCAGCAGAUAAAAAGGCUCCUAAAGAAUAUUUGAAAAGCUCAAAUCUUGUAAUUUCAGAACUCAAAGCUUGGUUAGAUUAUUAUAUUGGAGAUAGUAUUGCAUAUAAAUAAGAAAAGACAGAUUUGUGA